CUGAGUCCUAACAAAUGAGUUUUCAUUGUUGACGUUAAUAUGUUGGGUUUUAUUGCAAUGAAAAUUUUAUAUUAAAAUUUCAUUCUCAAUAUACUUUUUAAAGUUUUAAGAUAGUGUAACAAUCAUUUCUUAAUGCAAUGUUUUUGAAAAUUAUAAUGGAAUAUGUCAAAAUACCUUUUAAAUUAAAAUUUCGGUAAGAAUUUUUCAAAAAUUCCCAAAAGAGACAACCCUACUCUCCAUUGUAAAUCUGAGCCAAAUCGAUUACAUUGAGAUUUUACAGAAGAUUUUCUUAAAAACUUUUCCUAUUCCACCAAGGAAUUUAUUUUAAACAAUGUCAGCACCUACUGAUUCAAAACUUGUAGUCCCUUUUGUGCCAUCACUUUUUCACUUUUCAGUGGUAAAAGUAGCUUUAAAAUUGUCCAAACAUAUCGAUGCCACAACUUGCGUAAAGCUCUUUAAAAAAAUGAGGCAAUCUGAUCCGAAAAUUUUUUAUGAAGCUAACUCUAGCUCUAACUCUGUUUCUGAGAUAGAUAAAGCAAAGGAAAAGUUACUUAUCAUUCCUGCACAUUUAAGGGAGAAUGUAGUGCAGGCAAUUCUAGGCUUGGAUGCUGCUGUUAAAGAAUGGCAUUCGGACCAUGAAGGUGCAUGGCGUUCAAAGAAUAUAGAUGAAACCUUUGAAUGGAAAUCUAAUGGUACAAUUGACAGAAUUAAAACGAUGCAGCAAUUGCUUCUAAAAAAAGAUGUUGAUAUCAAUUUGAGGUUUUAUUUAGCUUGCUGUUACUUUUUGGAAGAAAGUAUAAAGACUUUGUGGGCAGAAAUGGAUGUAAAUGAUAAAAGGUCAAUACCUGGUAAUCCCUGUACACGAUUUUGGGUUAGAAGGAUGCACGAUGGAUGUACGGUUCAAUGGAUAAAGGACAUUCCAGAAUACCUACACCUUUAUUGGGAAUAUCCCACCUGUUCCUUUGGUGCAUUCUUUCCUUUCUUGCAGCCACAGGAGAGGGUGAAGUUUCUUUACUCUAUAACAUCGAGUACAAAUGAUGAUUUUCUUUCAUGUAUGUAUGUAGCAACUAAAGAAGAACAAGUGCAUAUGUUAAAUAUGGAGGCUUUCAAAGUCCUUGUUGUCUAUUUGAAUUGGCCGCUGCAAAAUUUCUUUCUACAAAUAGUGGAAAAGAUGUGGACAUUUAUUGAUUAUCCUGUUUUUAAAAAAUUACUAAAUACUAUAAUCUCGUACUCAGUGAAAAAGUACGAUUUUGAUUAUGAACAACUUUUGGUGGACUUGUGGACAAGAAGCCCAAAUCACUUCAAAGAAAAGGCAAAAGCAAGCCGAUAUCUCUAUGGCGAAAUUUCUUUCUGUUUCAGUUCAGUAAGGGAGAGGAAAAAAUAUAAAUCUGUCCCUUCAAAUUAAAUUAAAAAAAGAAAAGAAAUUAAUUACAUGCUAACUGGCCAGUAUUGGAUAUGUUUGUAACUGUUUACCUAAUUCUUUUUGCUAAAAGGAGAUGAAGGAUGCACCAUAGAUAUGGGGUUCAAUGGGUAAAGGAUGCUCCUAAAUACCUUGAUCUUUAUGAACGAUAUCCAACACAUACCUUCAGCGCGUUCUUUCCUUUCUUGCAGCCAUAAGACAGGAAGAAGUUUCUUUCCUCUAUAACUAAGACUACAUCUAAUGAUUUACUUUUCUGUGUGUAGGGAGCAAAUAAAGAAGUAAAAGUGCAAAUAUUAAAGAUGUAGGCUCCCAAACUCUUUCUUCUGUAUUGGAAUUGUCUGCUGCAGAAUUUCUUUCUACAAAUUGUGGAAAAGAUGUGGAAUUUCAUUGAUGAUCCUCUUUUUGAAGAAGUACUGCAUACUAUCUUCUCAUACAAAGUGAGGAAGCAGGAUUUUAGCCAUAAACAACUUUUUGUGGAACUUUGGGAAAGAAGCCCAAACCACUUCAAGACAAAGGCAUGCCGGUAACUCUCCCGCUAAAGUAAUCUGUGUUUUCAUUCAAUAAAGAUAACGAGAACUCAUCUUUAAUGAAUCUGUCAAUUCCAAUUUAGAUUGAAAAAAGAAAAGAAAUUAAUUAUAUUCUAACAGGCCAGGAAUGGAAAUGGCGCAGCUGUUUAACUAACUCUUUUGCUACAAUAAUGUCUUUUUUUAAAUGUAAAUAAGAUAAUCUCCUUGUAAAUAAUGCAAUACAAAGUUUUAUACCAUACAUGAAAAAAUAACUUUAGGCAUUUGUUUGUUAAGUGUUCAAAGUUUUAGAAUUGACUUUUUUUCAUUUUGUGUGAAAAAAAAAUUUCCACUAAUUUAAUAUGUCAUUUUUUUAUUCUAUCUUGCUAAAAAUUGCAGUAAUAUAAAUUCCUUUAGUAAAUACAUUCUUAUCUUAAAUAAGUAUGAUUGCAUUAUGUUUUAAAUGUCAUGAUGAAAGUUUAUAGCAAUAUUGCUUUGAAACUUGAGUGCAUUUAAUAUUGACAUGAAUCACAUUUGCAAACAUUGAAGGUUGUGUUAAGCAUUACUCUAUUUAUUU